AUGAGUUUCUUUGGUUUUGGUCAAAGUGCGGACAUCGACAUAGUUCUGAAUGACGCCGAAACCCGAAAGAAAGCUGAGCACAAGAGCGAGGACGGCAGGAAGGACAAGUAUUUUCUCUUCUUCGACGGAGAAACGGUGUCUGGGAAAGUCAACGUGAACCUCAAAUACCCGGGCAAGAGGCUGGAGCACAGCGGCAUUAAGAUCGAGUUUGUUGGACAGAUCGAGCUGUACUAUGACAGAGGAAACCACCAUGAGUUUGUGUCUCUUGUGAAAGACUUGGCUCGUCCUGGAGAGCUCACCCAGUCACAGUCGUUUGACUUUGAGUUCACGCAUGUGGAGAAGCCUUAUGAAGCCUACACUGGACAGAAUGUCAAACUACGAUAUUUUCUCAGGGCCACUGUGAGUCGAAGACUCAAUGACAUUAGCAAAGAACUGGACAUCGUGGUCCACACCCUCAGCACCUACCCUGAACUCAACUCCUCUAUCAAGAUGGAAGUAGGAAUCGAAGACUGCCUGCACAUAGAGUUUGAGUACAAUAAAUCAAAGUAUCACUUAAAAGACGUGAUAGUUGGAAAGAUUUAUUUUCUCUUGGUUAGAAUUAAGAUCAAGCACAUGGAAAUAGACAUAAUUAAACGGGAAACAACUGGCACUGGUCCAAAUGUCUACCACGAGAACGAUACCAUCGCCAAAUAUGAAAUUAUGGAUGGUGCACCUGUCAGAGGAGAGUCAAUCCCCAUCAGGCUGUUCCUGGCAGGGUACGAGUUGACUCCCACCAUGAGAGACAUAAACAAAAAGUUUUCUGUGCGCUACUACUUAAACCUGGUCCUCAUAGACGAAGAAGAAAGGCGCUACUUUAAGCAGCAGGAGAUCACUCUGUGGAGAAAAGGGGACAUUGUCAGAAAGAGUAUGACUCAACAAGCUGCCAUCGCCUCCCAGAGAUUUGAAGGGAGUAACUCGUGA